AUGCCAGUCACUGUCAUUGGAUCUUGGUCAGCCAACAGCGGCCCGCCGGCGCUACGCUCGGCAUCACAAGCAGAUCCCGAUCCAGACCUCGGUCUGGAGAUCAGGUCCGGCGAAUGGGUGUCUGUGUCGCCUGACAUGUCUGCUCGCCGCUUGCCAAGCCCAGCGCAGGUCCUGUCGCGCAGGUCUGUAGCGCAGGUCUGGCCAAGAGACUGGAAGGAGACGCAGGGGCGAGCUGGACGAAUGGGAGCGCCUCCAAUGCAGUCGACACUCGAUGCCAGUCACUUGAUCGAUAUCCGACAAACAUAG